UCGUGAAGGGAAGGGCAGUCCGUCGGUCGGCGCUCGGACCAUGCGUUCCUAUCUCGGACCGCCUUGGAUCGCCUGGGGAUCUGCUGUGGCCCUGUCUGGACGACGCCGACUGCCUGGGCCUUGGGUCGCCUGGUCACAAGCCUACAUUGCUACACCAGGACAUCUGACAACCACUUUCGCGACGCCCUGGACGCCUUUCCAGUGCGCAAAACGCAGCCGCCAUGCGUCGUGCCGCCACGAGGGCGUUUCGGACAUGUCAAUGCACCGUUCGAGGCCACCGCGGUCUCUCGUACCGAGCUAAUCGACGGGGCUCCUACGUCCACAGCUCGCUGCUGCAGAGUCAGAUCCCUGCCCACUCCCAGCAGACCGUCCGAUUCUCCUUCACCUCGCGAGCCCCCAUCAAGCAUGCCCACACCGUAAGAGAGCCUCUCCAAUCCUCGAUGAAUGCACGAAGGGUCGCCGCAGCCCUGCUGUCCGGUAUCGUCGGCUACGGCGCCUACUACACCUACAACGGCAACUCGACAGACACCGCCGCCGCCCUGACCCGCGGCUUCUCAUCCUCCUCGUCCUCCUCGUCCACCAGCCCCGGCGAUGCCAUCCCCACCCGUUCCGUCCUCGUCAUAGGAGCAGAAGAACUCUCUACCGGAACAUUCUUUGGCGAAGGGCCCAUAAGCAAGACGACGGAUGACGAGGGCCGCGCCAUUGUCGAGAUGCUGACGGCUGACCAGUCGACGCAGAAGCUGAGGAAGAUGGAGGAGUCCUACCUGGUCAACAGGGGGAAGGGCGUGGUCAGGUACGAUCAGGUCCAGCUGCCAAGUAACAACCCCAUCGAGGACGACCAUGCCGAGAAGAUCGUCGAGGUUCCCGUGAGAGGAGCCUCCGAGUCUGGCAGUGACUGGAUGUUCUGGGGUGUCUUUGACGGCCACUCGGGCUGGACGACCUCGGCAAAGCUUCGACAGGACCUCAUCCGCUACGUUGCACGCGAGCUCAACGAGACUUACAAGGCUGGCGGAUAUGCCCCCACGUCAGAGGCUGUCGAUGUCGCCAUGAAGAAGGGAUUCACUCGUCUCGAUGAUGAGAUUGUCCACCAGAGCGUGCAAGAAGUGCUAAAGUCAAACUCGCGCUCUGUCGCCGCGGAGUUACUCGCGCCGGCGCUGUCUGGUUCCUGUGCUCUGUUGUCCUUCUACGACAGCCAGUCGAACCUCCUGCGAGUCGCCUGUACUGGAGACUCCCGGGCGGUCCUGGGGCGUCGCUCCGACAAUGGCAAGUGGACCGCCACUCCGCUCUCGGUCGACCAGACCGGCGGCAACCCGGAUGAAGCCAACCGUUUACGAAAGCAGCACCCUGGGGAGGAGCAUGUCGUUCGGAAUGGUAGGAUCCUGGGGGGGCUGGAGCCCUCCCGUGCAUUCGGUGAUGCCAGCUACAAGUGGAGCAAGGAUGUUGCGGAAAAGCUUCGGCAGUCGUUCUUCGGCCGCUCGCAGUCUCCCCUGCUCAAGACGCCACCCUAUGUCACAGCGGAGCCAGUAGUCACGACUACAAAAGUACAGCCCGAAAAGGGCGACUUCCUGGUCCUGGCUACCGACGGCCUGUGGGAGAUGCUUACCAACGAGGAGGUCGUCGGGCUUGUUGGCAAGUGGCUCGAGACUCAGACCAACAAGGCUUCAACUUCGCAGUUUGACUCGGUGUGGAGCAGGAUCUUCGGCGCAUCGCAGAAGAAUGGCCUUCCAGUUGAACAAGGCACGGCUUCGGCAGGAGGUGACGGCCAGAAGACACCCAUUCGUGUACGACAAUGGGGCAUCUCCAAGGACGAUGACCGAUUCGUCGUGAAGGACAGCAACGUUGCCACCCAUCUCAUUCGCAAUGCUCUAGGCGGAAAGAACGAGGAGAUGGUGUCGGCACUUUUGACACUCCCGUCUCCUUAUUCGCGACGAUACAGAGAUGAUCUCACGGUUCAGGUCAUCUUCUUCGGCAAUGGCGACAAGGCAAAGAACCAGAGUGAGGAGGUUGUCAUCAACAAGGAUGCCACCGCACCACCCAAGCCUCUGAAGGCGAAGCUAUGAUACAACAGGGACAGCACCCGUAUUGUGCAAAAUGUAGAAAAGCUAUUCGAGCGAGCAUGGCGUUCCAUGGCAAUUUUUGGCAAUGGUCCGGAGCCCGGGGAUACGUCGAUACGGAGUCACGGGGUAGAGUGGGAGCCGGGCACGAAUGGGAAGCCUCCCUCAACCCCAGAAUGGUCCCAGAUGGGGGCCAUGGGGGACCCACAGGGCGAGCUACUGUGUAUGCACGCGACAUCUCAAGGUUGCGGCCGUUGUCUAUUUUAUCUCAAAGCUGUGAUGAUGGCUGACCAGGCCCUUGAAUGAGUCGGGGAAUGGACGAUGGACAAAUGCGGCAUUAGGGGCCAUUGUGUAGACCAAUACUGAAUUCAGCAUGUUCAACGAG